AUGGCACCGAAAGCUCAAGCUUUGUUUUCACAAAUACCGCCAAAGUCCACAGGUCCCCGGAAGUCUGUCUUGGUGAUCGACCAUGGUUCAAACAAAUCAGGCGUGAUUCCUGCAGGCUUCGAGGAUAUGGAAAGCAAUGCAAUCUCUCCAAUAAUAAUUUCACCCAAUGGUGACAUGGUCAUUGAAUAUGCUGAUCCAUCUUCGGACAAAGGCAGCAUGCUCUGGCAAGUAUCCCAUGAUUUACUCAUUACAAAGAGUAUCUAUUUCAAGAAUUUGCUACAUCCACAAAAGUUUUCUGAAGGGGCAAAGUUUGCACAACAACUGAAAACUAUUCAUGCAAGCCUCGAGUCAAAACCGCAUGCCAGCCUCAAGGGUAGCCCAAAUCGAGUGACUCUGCCCGUGGUAGUGAUCAAUCCAAACUCAACUAUAAGGCUGUGUGGCGCAGAUAUCCUUGGUCUUUUCUUGAAGGUUCUGUGCUUGGAAUCUAUGGAUGAUCCUGUCAGGGAGCUUUUUGAAGACGCUUUGAAAAUUGAGUCAACCUCAGUCAUUGCGAAAGUGAUUCAAAUUGCCGACUCUUUAAACUCGCCUGAGGCUCUUGGGAGGCUACUUCGUUCCUCGGGCUAUCAAUAUGGAAAGAAAGGGAGCGUAUCAUUCUCGUCCUUUAGUCCUCAACUCUUGAAUAUGAGUGAAGAUCGUAUUAGGCAGAUCAUUCUGAUCUCGAGUACUCUUCAAAAUUACGAUAUCACCCGCGUCAUGACUCAUACUCUUAUACUGUUGGGCUCGAAGUAUUGGCAUCAUGGACCACAUCUUCCCGACGAUGACUAUCUUGCAUGGCAGUAUCUGCCUGAAAGAGUCGAAGAGGAGCUUUAUUACCGACGGCAGUGUAUUAUGGCCACCAUAGUGGAUUUACAAGCAUACUUUCUACGUGCGUACGGCGUUCUGGAGAAUGUCAACACCAAACCAACCCCGCAGUUUCAAUGCAAGGCAGGACUGGCGAACGGGAGCCAGUGCGAUGUGUUCCAAGCGGGUCAGCUUGUACGCUUCUUCAUCAUGCGAAGUAAAUCAGUCUUCCUUGGGUCAAAUUUGAUUGAUCCAGAGUUCACCUUCAACCCCGGCAAUGAAGGCUCAGAAUCUCAGAUCAAUCAAUCAGAUCUCUUCGAUUCAUGCGAUAUAAUUUCCACCCUCAAAACUUUAAAAGAGUACCCGGACUACCAUGUCGAUCCCAAUCAUGGAAGUUGUGGGAUAAAACGUCGAAUCACGCCGAUUAUCCCAUAUAUCGAGAAUAUGCUCUUGCAUCCGAUGAGCCUUGUCGGGGUUGAUUAUGGGAAAUGGCGGGAGCCAUCCACCCAUCAAGCAACACAAUGGAAGACUACCACAAGGGCCCACUGUGUUGAAAUUGGCCAGUCGGGCUUUGCAAUCCAAAACGCUGAAAAUGGACCCUGGCGUAAUCUUAUGGCCAUGGGUAGAGAUGAUACCACAUGCAGGCUUGUAUUUACUGCUCGUCAACACAAGUGGGAGGUAUGA